AAUCUACACACACACCCCAUACAAACAAAAACAGGUUUUUAGAAAUGUUUGCUGGCCUGAAUGCCAAGCAUCUUGCCGUGGGGAUGUUUUUCAGCCGCAGGGACUGGGAGACUAGUCUGGAUGGAUUGAGGAAGAAAUGAAUGGCAAAAAGUACAGAUAGAUCCUUGAUGAAAACCUGCUCCAGAGCGCUCAGGAUCUCCAACUGGGGCAAAGGUUCACACAGGAGUGACUUCGGGACAAGUCUCAAUGUCCUUGAGUGGCCCAGCCAGAGCCUGGACUUGAUCCCGAUCAAACAUCUCUGGAGAGACUUGACCUCCCGGGUGGCGCAGUGGUUAAGGGCGCUGUACUGCAGCGCCAGCUGCACCACCAGAGACUGGGUUUAGGCUCUAUCGCCCGGCCGCGACCGGGAGGUCCGUGGGGCGACGCACAAUUGGCCCAGCGUCGUCCGGGUUAGGGAGGGCUUGGCCGGUAGGGAUAUCCUUGUCUCAUCACGCACCAGCGACUCCUGUGGCGGGCUGGGCACAGUGCACGCUAACCAAGGUUGCCAGGUGCACGGUGUUUCCUCCGACACAUUGGUGUGGCUGGCUUCCGGGUUGGAUGCGCGCUGUGUUAAGAAGCAGUGUGGCUUGGUUGGGUUGUGUAUUGGAGGACGCAUGACUUUCAACCUUCGUCUCUCCCGGGUCCGUACGGGAGUUGUAGCGAUGAGGAUCUGCAGAGAAGAAUGGGAGACACUCCCCAAAUACAGGUGUGCCAAGCUUGCAGCACAUACCCAAGGACACUCAAGGCUGUAAUUGCUGCCUAAGGUGCUUCAACAAAGUACUGAGUAAAGGGUCUGAAUAUUUAUGUAAAUGUGAUUUUAAAAAAUGUUUGCGUUGUCAUUAUGGAGUAUUUUGUGUAGUUUGAGGGGGGGAAACAAUAAACAAUAUUAGAAUAAGGCUGUAAUGUAACAAAAUGUGGAAAAAGUCAAGACGUCUGAAUGCUUUCCGAAUGCACUGUAAUGACCUCAGUUUGUGUGAAAUAUAAGGGGUUGACAUGAUUUUUUUAAUGACUACCCCUUCCUCUAUGCCCAUACAUAAAUCUGUAAGUAUUACAUUUCAAGCACAAAUUCAACUACAAAGACCAGGGAACAGUGAUUGGUAGAUGGGUAACGAUAACAAUCAGACAUCGAAUAUAUCUUUCAGCAUGGUCCAUUUAUUAAUUAUUCUGUGAUGAUGUAUUAAACCACCCAGAAAUAUCAAAGAUGCAAUCGUCCUGAACUGAGCUGCAGGAGCGGAAGGAAACUGCUUAGGGAUGUCACCAUGAGGCCGUUGGUGAUGUUAUUUUUAUUUAUUUUUUAACAGCUACAGUGGCUGUGAGUUCAGUGGCUGUGAUGGGUGAAAACUGAGUUGGCUCAACACUGUAGUGACUCCAAAAUAAUGAUCGAAAUGACAAUGAAAAAAAGAAUGCAAAUAUACAGAAUAAACAUGAAUAUGUAUGUUACAAAGCACUAAAGUAAUAUUGCCCCAAAAAACACGGCAAAGGGAUACACUUUUUUGCCUACAUGCAAAGCCUUGUAAAUUGAGAUGGCGCCGGAGGAGAUGCUGUUGUACUACGGGCUCCUAACAAUUGUGCUAUUUUGUGUGUGUGUGUGUGUUUUCGCAUUAUUUGUAACUUAUUUUGUACAUAAUGUUUCUACCACUGUCUCUUAUGACCCAAAAGAGAUUCUGGAUAUCAGGACAGCGAUUACUCACCUCGUACUGGACAAAGAUUUUUUAUUUUUUUCGAGUCGGACGUGAAGGAUUUACUUCAGACACACGACAAGGCCCAAAUCCAUGUCAUUCGCAUGAAGAAGAGACAGAGAUUAAGGAUGUAGGUUGGGGUUCCUUGUAAGGAUCUGACGACAAGUGGGUACUCCACCUCUACCAUCAGUCCAAUUAGCCAACGUGCAAAUCAUUGGUUAAUAAAAUGGAUGAGCUCCAAUCGAAGCUAUCCUACCAACGGAACAUUAACUGUAAUAUCUUAUUUUUCACAGAGUCGUGGCUGAACGACGACAUGGAUAACAUACAGCUGGCUGGGUUUUCGGUGCAUCGGCAAGAUAGAACAGCUGUCUCCGUGCCCAGCCCCGCCUCCCAGCAGUCCCACAACUGGAGGCCGACCUAGUCAACAUGAACCUGCAUGGCGCCAGCGGAGGCCUCGACCGCUGCAGGGACAGUGACCGCUCCCGAGACUCCUCCCAUGAGAGGGGCGAGGGUCAGCUGACCCCUUGCAUCAGAAACAUCACCUCGCCCACCCGACAGCACAACAGUGAUCGUGAGCGGGGCGAGGGUGGUUCUUCCUCCAGGUCAUCAAGCCCUCGGCCGCCCAGGGCCAUGAUGUCGGUGGGGCCCAGUUGCAUCGCAGUGAGCAGCAGCAGAAGCAGCCUGUUCAGCAAAGAGGCCCACUGUAAGGGCCUGGGCCACGGACACGUCCACAGCCCCUGUGACCUCAUCUACGUCUAUGAGAACACCAAGGAGGGGGCGCGCACUUUGCGGACGGCCGAGAGGGUCACUCUGAUCGUGGACAACACCCGCUUCGUGGUGGACCCGGCUAUCUUCACUGCUCAGCCCAACACCAUGCUGGGAAGAAUGUUUGGAUCCGGGAGGGAAUACAAUUUUACCAGGCCCAAUGACAAAGGGGAAUUUGAGGUGGCAGAUGGAAUCAGCUCAACUGUUUUCAGAGCCAUCCUGGAUUACUACAAAUCUGGGAUAAUCCGCUGUCCUGAUGGUAUCUCCAUUCCCGAGCUGAGAGAAGCAUGUGACUACCUCUGCAUCUCCUUCGACUACAGCACCAUCAAGUGUAGAGACCUCAGUGCACUCAUGCACGAGCUGUCCAACGAUGGGGCGAGGCGUCAGUUUGACUUUUACUUAGAGGAGAUGGUGCUGCCUCUGAUGGUGGCCAGCGCCCAGAAUGGAGAGAGGGAGUGUCACGUAGUGGUCCUGACAGACGACGACGUGGUGGACUGGGACGAGGAGUACCCUCCGCAGAUGGGAGAGGAGUAUUCUCAGAUUAUAUACAGCACAAAACUGUACAGAUUCUUCAAGUACAUAGAGAAUCGUGACGUUGCCAAAUCAGUAUUAAAAGAAAGAGGACUUAAGAAAAUCAGACUAGGAAUUGAAGGUUACCCCACCUACAAGGAGAAGGUGAAGAAGCGUCCCGGCAGCCGGCCAGAGGUAAUCUACAACUACGUCCAGAGGCCCUUCAUCCGCAUGUCCUGGGAGAAGGAGGAGGGCAAGAGUCGCCAUGUUGACUUCCAGUGUGUGAAGAGCAAGUCCAUCACCAACCUGGCAGCUGCCGCUGCAGACAUUCCCCAGGACCAGCUGGUCAACAUGCACCCUGGUCCUCAGGUGGACGAACUGGACAUCCAGCCUCAGCCAAGCUACCACUACGAGCCAGACCCAGACGCCCCCUCACCGGCUGUCUGAGACUGGGCCCUCGUCCCCCUCCACUCCCCCUCUUCUCCCUCCACAGAGCACUGUAGUGACAAGCAAGUUGGGCAGCAGAAACCACAUUGCCUUUACAAGCCUCAAAAGAUAACUGGUAUAUACUGUCAAUAGCCAAGGAAGGAGAAGCAAAGCACACAGUAAACGAUUGCCUCAUUGCACUGUCUGCACUGUUUUUUAAAACUAACCAAAGGAGAUUUAUUUUUAUCAAGAAUGUUUGACGUAUUCUUUUCAUUUUGAAGGGGGGAAAAAAAGCAGAUUGUAUCACAAUAAACUUGUCUGUGGGUCCCCA